GGCGUCUGCACGGUUCAUAUAGUACUACACCCUCAGCCGCAAACUAUCCCCGACACUCAUGGCCGACGCAUUGAAAGACCAGGGCAACAAGGCCUUCCAGGCCAAAGACUACGACAAGGCAAUCGACCUCUUCUCGCAGGCGAUUGCACUCGAUCCAAACAACUUUGUCCUUUUCUCGAAUCGUAGCGCUGCCAAGGCAGGAAAGCGACAGUAUGCCGCAGCACUCGAGGAUGCCGAGCAGGUUGCAUUAACGUGAACCCUGCAUGGUCGAAGGGCUAUGCACGCAAGGGUGCUGCAUUACACGGAUUGCGAAAAUAUAACGAAGCCAUUGCAGCAUAUGAGACCGGCCUCAAGCU